AUGACAGACUCAAAGACGCUCGAUCAGGUCGAGACAGACCUCAACGACGUUUUGCACCGCAUGGACAUUGUCGAGCAACGACUGGCUGCUGAUGCCAAGCGCGAAGACGGUCCGGUAGGUCCCGCCGAUCUAGGCGCGUAUCAGAGACAGCUGCUGCUCAAGCUCCGCUCGAUUCGAGACACAAUGCAAAAGGAAGAGUCGUGUCUCGAGCAGCUGCGUCAAGAACGGGACGACGCUCGGCGUGAGCGCGAUGCCCUGCAGACGCAGGUGGCGAAACUCCAGUAUCGCGUGCACCACCUCAAGCAGCACGUGCUACCGUAA